UGCACUCACGCUACUUAUUAGCAUCAUCUUACCCUAAACCUCUGUCACCUUUUGUUCCCAAAACUUAAUCGAUCAAUGAAGAAACCAGAGCUUGUGUUUGUGCCCAUACCGGGUGCCGGUCAUCUUACAUCAGCGGUAGAAGCUGCAAAGCUUCUCCUCGACCGGGACGCCCGUCUUUCCAUUUCUAUCCUUAUUUUGAGACGAUCCUCCGACAGUAAGGUGGUCUCUGAUCUCAUUGAUUCUCUCACUGCUACCAUCACCUCACAUCGUAUCCAGUUCAUCAACUUACCCAAUGAAGAAUCUGAAUCUAUGGGCCUCGACUUUAUCGAGAAAUAUAAACCUCAUAUUAGAGAAGCUGUUUCCAAACUUGCUACUCGCUCCGAUUUCACGCUUGCUGGAUUUGUUCUUGAUAUGUUCUGUAUGCCUGUUAUAGAUGUGGCCAAUGAAUUUGGUGUACCUUCUUAUGUUUUCUUUACUUCUGGUGCUGCUUUCUUUGGUUUUAUGCUUCACCUCCGGGCUCUUCACGAUGAACAAGAGGUGGAUCCCACUCAGUUUAAGAAUUCCGAUGACGAACUAGCAUUGCCGUGUUUUGUUAACCCGCUUCCGGCUAGGGUUUUGCCCAGUGUGCUGCUUGAGAAAGAGUCGAUGCCUGCCUUUCUUGAGAUGUCAAGAAGGUUUAGGGAAGCUAAGGGUAUUAUUGUUAACACGUUCAUGGAGCUAGAAUCCAGUGCGAUUAACUCUCUUUCUGAUGGUACAAUUGAAUCUCCUCCUGUUUAUCCUGUGGGACCCAUUUUGAAUCUAAAAGGUGGUGAUAGUGUGGGGUCAGCCGAAAGCAAAGAAAUCAUGGAGUGGCUUGAUGAUCAACCUCCGUCAUCGGUAGUGUUUCUGUGCUUCGGGAGCAUGGGAGGUUUCCGUGAAGAUCAGGCGAAAGAGAUCGCAUUUGCACUAGAGAGAUGUGGGCAGAGAUUCUUGUGGUCUCUAUGUCAGCCUUUACCAAUGGGUAAGAUGACAGGCUAUACUGAUUGUCAGAAUCUAGAAGGAUUCUUACCAGAAGAAUUCUUAGAUCGAACGGCUGGAAUUGGAAAAGUAAUCGGGUGGGCUCCGCAAGUGGCUGUUUUGGCCCAGCCAGCCAUAGGAGGCUUUGUUUCGCACUGUGGCUGGAAUUCUACACUGGAGAGCAUAUGGUACGGUGUACCAAUUGCCACGUGGCCGAUGUACGCAGAGCAACAGUUUAAUGCCUUUCAAUUGGUGACAGAGUUGGGAUUAGCUGUAGAAAUUACCGUGGAUUAUAGGAAGGAUAGCGACGUAAUCGUGAAAGCUGCGGAUAUAGAGAGAGGAGUAAGGUGUGUGAUGGAGCAGGAUAGUGAGAUAAGGAUGAAGGUCAAAGAGAUGAGUGAAAAGAGUAGGAAAGUCUUGAUGGACGGUGGAUCUGCAUUCUCUUCGUUAAACCGUUUGAUUGAAGAUGCUAUAGACAAUAUGCCAUGAACAAGUUGUGUCCGUUGAAUGUCAUUUUUAUACUAGCCACCAGGAUACCAAUUAUAAAUAUCAAAACACUAACACAAAGAAAAUCCUACAGCACUGAAGAAAAGUCAUAAACACUAAAAAUACUAUUAAUAAUAAAAUAUUUA